CAUACAGGUUAUUUUCGUAACUAAAAUGGCGCUAACCGUCCUUUGCAAAAUUCCAGUAUUAUUUGCAAAUGGUGCAUAAUGGAAGAAAUCGAGAUGGGGAAUUGAUAAGCGAAGGAAUAGGGGAAUGUGUUAGUGGCCAAGUUGACUCAUGUCGGGUCUUUGAGCAGAAAUGUCUCAGAGACUGAAGAGACUUGCCGGGAAGCCGGAUGAUCCCGGCCCCAUGGGGAAGCGGAAGCGGCGCAAACUGAGCGGUUCGGAGGACGCCGACUCGCAGCUGCCGUCUGCCUCCGGCCACGUCUGGACGCCCAAACACCUGGGCAACCUCAAGGCCUACAACAAGAAGGCUGUCGAGAAGCCGGGCGAACUCAUCCGCAAGGACCUGAUCAGUGCGAUGAAGCUGCCCGACUCUGAGUACCUGUGUCCGGACGAGUUCCUGGAGAUCGCCGACCAGUGGAAGCAGGAGUGGGAGCGCGGCGUCCAAGUGCCCGUCAACCCGGACACGCUGCCGCACCCGCGCGUCAGCUCCGUACCCGGUCCGCCCUCGCGCCAGCAGGACUUCCGAAUACCGAAGAAGCUGCUGCGCGUGACGCACGACGACGCGUCGCCGGAGCUGUACCACAUGACCAACGCGCCGGCCAAGGCGGAGAAGAUGUGCCGCUACGACCUGGACGACCAGGACUCCAUCUGGCUGGGCGUCUUCAACGGCGAGCGGGGGCGCAUGGGCCUGCCGGCCGUCUCCGACCUGGAGAUGGAGCGGGCCAUCGAGGACAUGGAGCGCCAGUGCUGGAACAAGAUCCAGACCAUCGUCAAGACGCAGGAGGGGCUUAGCAUCGAGUUCGAUGAGAACGUGGUCUGCGACGUCUGCCAGCAGCCGGACUCGGAGGACGACAACGAGAUGGUGUUCUGCGACAAGUGCAACAUCUGCGUCCACCAGAACUGCUACGGCAUCACCAGCAUCCCCGACGGCUCGUGGCUCUGCAAGGCGUGCGCGCUCGGUAUCAAACCCGACUGCGUGCUCUGUCCCAAAAAAGGCGGUGCCAUGAAGAGCACCAGGUCGGGUCACAAGUGGGCCCACGUCAGCUGCGCCCUCUGGAUCCCCGAGGUCAGCAUCGGCGACGUCGAGAAGAUGGAGCCCGUCACCAAGAUCUCCAACAUCUCGGUGCGGCGCUGGUCCCUGCUGUGCGUGCUCUGCAAGGAGAAGGUGGGCGCCUGCAUCCAGUGCUCUGUCAAGUCGUGCAAGACGGCCUACCACGUGACGUGCGCCUUCAAGCACAACCUGAAGAUGAAGCCGGUGGAGGACGAGAGCGACGACGACGAGAUCCAGCUGAAGUCGUACUGUCCGAAGCACAGCAAGAACGAGAAGCUGUCGGGCGAGUCGGACUCGGACGGGGAGCUGCGUCGGCCUGACCCGGACUCGGAGGCGCAGCGGCGCACUCGCAAACAAAAGCUGCAGCAGAUCGAGUCCGAGUUCUACCGGCACGUGGACCUGCGCGGCACGGCCGCCGCCUGUGGCGUCCCCAUGGAGGCGGUCGAGUUCAUCUACAACUACUGGAAGCUGAAGCGGAAGUCGGGCAACAACAAGGCUCUGCUGACUCCCAAUACGGAUGAGAUCGACCUGCGCACCGAGCAGCAGCAGCAGGACCUGGAGAAGGUCAAGCAGUUCGUCCACAUCCGGCAGAACCUGGAGAAGGUCCGCAACCUCUGCUACAUGGUCACCAAGCGCCAGAAGCAGUGCCGCAACUACUUCCGGCUGCGCGAGCAGACGUUCCUCAGCCAGGCGGCCGUGCUGCGCGACCCGGCCAGCCGGCUGACGGCCGAGGAGCGGCGCGCCGUGCUCGACGCCAACCACAUCCGCGACAACGUGUACGACCGGCACUACUCGCACGCCGAGGCGUCGCUGCACGCGCACCCUCUGCAGCAGCUGCUGGACGUGAUCCGCGGCGGCAAGGCGGGCGCCGCGCCGCACUGCGAGCGGCUCACCAAGCAGUCGCUGUUCGGCAAGGACUCUAGUGAGAGUGACGCGCCGGCGGCGCCAGUGACUCAGGCGGGCGGCAAUGACGCCGCCACUAGUGACUCGGACUCGAGGCUGCCGGCCGGCGCGGCGAGUGCUGGCAAGGGCCGACACAUCUACACGGACAGCGAGUCGGACGCCGACGAUGACAAGCUGCGCUCCGCCUCGUCCAAGAAGUCGGAGCUGCUGGCGUCCGAGCCGGACGUCAGUUCGGUCAAUACAGAGAAGGCGCCGGUGCCCGACCUUAGCUUGAUCGUACCGCCGCGGCAGGCCAUGCUGGACGCCAACAAGCGCAUCGCCGCCGCGCUCAACCGGCGCCUGCUGCGCGAGGUGAACGCGGCCCGGCUGGGCGAGGGCGAGCUGUCGCUCACACGCAGCCCGCGGCCCGAAGCGCUAAAGAAGGCGCGCCCGAUGCCGCGCAGUCGCAAGAUCGCGUUGGGCCUGGAGGCGGAACCAGACGCGACGCAGGCGCCGCCGCUCGAGCCGCGCCGGCUCUCGUCGUCGGCCGAAAGUAAGCCGAUGCGGGGCUCGAUCGCCAGCAUCCUCAGCGAGCGGUCGGCCAAGGAGAGCAGCGAAGGGGCGGCGCGCGCCGGCUACCGGACGUCCGGCGAGGAAAUCCGCGUCGAGCGGCUCGAGGAUAUCAGCGACGAGCCACCGGCGGAGCAGCCGGCGCAGCCGUCGGUCCAGCCGCCCGCGCAGUCAUCGGCGCAGCCGCCCCAGCCGCCUCAGCAGGCCUCGUCCAUCUUCUCACCGCCGCGCUCGAGCGCCGGCGAGCCCGCCUUCGAGCUGGACACGAGCGUGCUGGCGGGCCUGAAGUCGGCGGCGCCGACGAAGGAGGAGAGUCAGCAGGUGACCAUGGACCUGGUGGAGAAGCUGCGCCUGCAAUACGCCCAGCAGGGCCCGGACGAGCGGCCGGAGGAGAAGCCGGCCUCGCGCACGGACGGCACGCAGCUGUACGCCACGCCGACCGAACUGCCCGGCUUCGCGUCCCCGCCGGCACCGCCGCCGCCGGGCAGCGUAGCCGGCCUACUGGCGCAGCCGCGCGGUCUCGGCUCCGUCAGCGUGCGCACGCCGGCCAGCAUCAACGCCGCCAGCCCCAUGCCCCCGCCUUACGCCCAGUUCGGUGCUGAAAGCAUGAUGCAGCACUUGAUGAUGAUGCAGUCGUGGCCGGAGGGCCAGCUGCGGGAGCUGAUCCAGAUGCAGUACGAGCAGUCGCAGCAGUACCUGAUGCGGCAGGACGCGGAGGCUGAGCGUCGCAAGGAAGCAGAAAUGGAGCUGCGCAAGCACGACGAGAUGAUCAAACGGCAGGAGGAGCGAGAGGAGCUUCUGCGCCGCCAAGAGGAGGAGCAGCAGCGGAAGCAGGCCGAGGUGCGCCUGCAGGCUCUGAUGGCCGAGCAGGAAGCCGAACUGCGUCGCAGGCUGCUGGCGCCGCCGCCGGUCGCCGCCGAACGGCAGCUGGUCAAGCCGGCCGACCGUGCCAAGGACCAGCGGCCGCCGGCUGCCGAGCCUGACCACUGCCGACUGCAGGCGCUCCAGGCGCUGGUCACGCAGGAGGACGAGCUGAAGUCCAGCCUCAAGGCCAGCAUGCAGAUACAGAAGAUCCAGUCGACCGACGCUAGCGACUUCAAUGACGCCGAGCCGGUGGUGCCGGUGCCCAACGACCUGGCCGGCACUGUGUACGACUUCGAUGACGACGAGCUGGACGACCUGCCGAAGACGCCACGCGGCCGCAUGCGGCCGGUGCGUGAGCGCUUCCUCAGCACGGACGUGCUGCCCACGCUAACGCAGCCGGGUGCCUCCGAGACCAGCAUGGAGUCGGCCGGCACGCCACCAGCGCUGCAGGAGGCGGCUGCCGUCGAGGCCGAGGAGCCAGCGGCGUCGCGCAAGAAGGAGUUGAUCCGGCAGUACGUCAACAGCACGGAGACGGAGGGCGCGGCCGAGCCGGCGCCGCCGCAGGAGGAUAGCUCGGUGGUCAGCCAGCGCUUCAUCUGUCCCAAGGCGGUCAAGUCUGAGGCUGUGCCGCACAAGCUGCGCAUCAGCCUCGGCAAGGACGGGCGUGGAAGCGAGCUGAAGCCGCCGAAGAAGCGGACCGGUGAGCUGUCGGCGGCGGCCGGCGAACUGUCUGUGUUCGAGAAAAUUCGGCAGGACAAUCUGCAGUUCGGUGACCAGAUGCUGGCCAGCUUCGACCAGGAACCGCCGCAUAAGAAGGGCAAGAAGAAGAAAAAGAAGAAAGACAAAGACCGCGACAAGGAGAAGAAGAAACGAGACAACGACGACAGCGGCGGCCACAAGGACCUGGUGGUCAAGAUCAAGCCGUUGGCGGCCGAGCCGGAGCCGGGCCGCCUGCAGCCGCUCAAGCUGACGCUGUCGCGGCGCGGCACCGCCGACCGCCGCCACUGCACCAUGCAGAACCCUCCCAGGAAGACCACGCACGCGAAGUUCCUGAAGUCACUACACGCUGAGCAGCUGAGCCGGGUGCAGGCCAAGAACCAGCAGGAGUGUGACCUGCUCGAGGACAUCAGGAACUUCACGAAACAGAGGGCCGCCGUCGAGAAGUCGUAUGCUGAGGCGCUACUCAAGAUCUCCUCCGCCUACCUGCACAAGAAGAUCCCGCAGCUGCCCGAGAUCCCCGGCGAGGGCGCCGAACAAUGGAACGUGUUUACCGUGUGGCGCACGCUGCUGGACGAGACGGAGAAGCUGGCCAAGGCGCGCAUGGCCGCUGUCGAGGUGUUCCAGCAGCGCAUCACCGACGAGGCCAAGACCGUGCGCACCAGCAAAGUGCAGACGUCCAAGAAGUGUCUGGAGCAGCUGCAGGCCAUCCAGAAGGAGCUGCAGGGCUGCGUUCAGGAGCUGGACAACUGUAAGAAGCGCUACCUGGAUGACGAGCACGUGGCGCACGACGUGCGGGACCGCGCCCAGCAGGCCGAGGAGAAGCUGAAGAAGAAGAAGGGCUUCUUCACUUCACUCUCGUCGCUACAAAAGAACAGCGCUAAGCUGUCGGCCAAGAAGGACCAGGUGGAGGAGCGCUCCACGUCCGCCCGCAACGAGUACCUGCUGCAGCUGGCGUCGGCCAGCGCUCACCAGCGACGCUACCACCACCACGACCUGCAGCAUCUGCUGAGGACGAUGGAGGGCGACACGUACGAGAAGAUCGCCGAGUACCUGACGCUGAUUGGCCGCACCGAGCUGCUCACCUGUUCCGCCGAGCAGGCCUCCUUCACCAAAGUGCGCGACCAGGCGCAGGCGAUCCGGACGCAGUACAACAUCGACUGCUACCACCGGCUGUACCCGGUGAUCGCGCAAGACGUGGUGCUCGAUUUUGAGCCCUGCGAGGGCGACUCGGUGGACCGGGUGAAGAUGGACCACAACUGCACCGGCUGGCUGGAGGAGGAGGCCAUCAAGUGGACGUCGCGCCUCGCCAAGGAGACCAAGUCGCUGCGCGAGAGCCAGAAGCGGUUGCAGCAGCUGCAGAGUCUGAAGGACCGCGGCGAGAAGUCGGACCCGGCCGACCCGGCCGGCAUGGACAUCGACAUGCGGAUAGACGAGGCCAAGAACAACUUCCGCUGGUCAGAGACAUCCCUCGUCAAGUGUCAGGCUCGAAUACAGUGCUUGCGCGACGGCGGAGUGAAUGUGGACGAGUUUAUGAGCCAGUUUGACGUGGACACGCUGUCGGUGGGCGACACCAUGUGUCGGUCCAGCAGCCAGCUGAGCGUCAGAGAGCAGUACCGGGACGACGACAGUGACCUGAACGACGCGUCGCUGAGCGCGUCGCCGGUGCCGACGGGCGGCGCGGCACGCUACGACUCGCACGAGGCGGCCGACGACGACGAGUGCCCGGCCGACCGCGAGGUGCUGGCGGCCCAGUCUCAGAUGGCGCAACUGACGGCCGGCUGGGGUGCCGCGCCCGACUGGGGCGCUGUGCCCACCACGCCCGUGCCGCCGGCGCCUGCGCUGCCGGGCGUGCAGAACAGCUGGCCCACCGAUGACGCCUGGGGUCAGCCGGCCGCCGACGAGGCGCCGCCGCCGCCGGCCGACUCCAACGACGCGGCGCAGCUCAAUGGCCACACGGCCGAGACGGGCGCCGGCCCGCCGCCCGCUGUCGGCUCGCGUUGUGUCGCGCUCUUCGCCUACGAGGCGCAGAACCCGGACGAGCUGAGCAUCACCGAGAACGAGCCGCUGGAGAUCGUCAGCGAGGGGGACGGCGACGGCUGGGUGCGAGCGCGCAACGACGCCGGCCUCGAGGGCCUCGUGCCGCACAACUACGUGGAGGUGGAGACAGAGGGCGUCAGCUUCAGCUCGGUCGACUAUGGGAACGAGCUGCCGACGAUCGAGGAGGGCCAGGAGGGCGCGCCCGAGGCACCGCCCCUGCUGGUUGAGCCGCCCCAGUCGCUGCCGGUGGCCGCCGGCCAGCUGCCAGACGGCUCUCACUACUGCCGCGCGCUGUACGACUACGACGCCACGAGUGCCGAGGAGCUCUCGCUGGUGGAGGACCAGAUCGUGCGCGUGCUGCGCACCGUCGUGCACGACGACGUCGACGACGGCUGGUGGGAGGGCGAGCUGGAGGGGCGCGUCGGCCUCUUCCCCUCGCUGGUGGUGGAGGACUGCCACGCCAACGGCGACCCGCUCACGCCGGAGAGCGAGACGUCCGGCCUGGGCGAGGCGCCGCCCGUCUUCACGCCGCCGGACGUGCCGGCCAGCCUGCUGCCGCCGCAGAUGGUGAUCGUGACGCAGCCGACGCCGCAGCCCAGCGAGGACAGCGCCAGCCCCGACCAGGCGCAGGCCACAGUGGUGUCUUAUUCGUAUUGCUCGCCCGGUUUUGAUUUGGAAUUGUCCAAAGAGCAGCAGCAAGUGUACCGCGCGAAAGCAGAGGGCGCCGUCAGCCGAGCAGGAGCGGACGGCGAGCGGAGUGGCGCCGAGCCGGACCCAGUCGUCCAGGUCAACGUCACGGUCCAGGAGGAGACGGAAGGUCCGGACCGUGGCGCGGCGGCGCCGGACGGGGCGGCCGGGCUGGGCGUGGCGCAGAUCGUGGUGACGGCCCCCACACCGUGCUGCGAGACGGCGCCCGUCGACUUCCGGCAGCCGGCCGCCGCCGCUGGCGACGGCCACCAGAGUCAGCCGGCGGCUGACGGGCCGACGCCGGCCGUCGACGAGCCGAUGGCGGAGGAGCCGCGCUCGCCCACGACGCCCGGCGCCGAGCCGCAGAUCAUCCACACGCCGGCCACGCCGCCUGAGGAGCCGUCCAUCAUCCUCAUCCGACCCGACCUCAUCCGAGUCACCCUCAUCCGGCCCGACCUCAUCCGAGUCAUCCUCAUCCGACCCGACCUCAUCCGAGUCAGCGUCAUCCGACCCGACCUCAUCCGAGUCACCCUCAUCCGGCCCGACCUCAUCCGAGACUACAGCUUCGCCGGCGCCUUCGACUACCUGAACGAGCAGGACGUGGUGCAGGCCAACCACGGGCUGGCGGUGGUCCGCGGCGGCGAGCACGCCGUUGACCCGACCUCGGAACUCUCCCUCUGGGUGCCGCCGGGUGACCGGUGUCGCGUGCGCGUGGUGCGCGCGCCGCUCGGCCGCGCGCCCGGCCGCCUUGAGCCGGACGAGUUUCCGUGUCAGUUCGCGCAUGGCGCCGUGGUUUACACGCACUAUGGCGCCGCGCAGCCGGAAGAGCACCGCGUCACACUGCUGGUGCGCUACGACUCGGCCGAGGACGCGGCCGUCGUGCGCGUGCACAUCGACGGCGCGCGGCGCAACACGCCGCCGGCGCCAUCGGCGGACGCGCAGCUCACGCUGGACACGCCGGCCGGCGAGCUGGUCUUCAAUGUGACGGCACCGCUCGGCUACGGCGACGGCCGGCUCUUCUCGUCGGACGACCCGGACGCGCCCCUCACGUCGUUCCUGCAGCGCGACCUCGGCGAGCUGAAGGUGAGCUACCAGCCGCCGAGUGGCCGCUCGGCGCGCCGCCGCACCUUCCAGCUGGGGCUGCGCGUGCUCGACGCCGACGGCCUCGUGUCCGAUCCGUUCACGCUCAGCAUCGUCGUGCACCCGAUCAACACGCGCUCGCCGGUGGUGACGCGCAACACAGGCAUCUCACUGUUCGAGGGCCAGAGCCGCCACCUGCUCAGCUCCGCCAAUCUGGAGAUCACCGACGAGGACAAUCUGAGCGAGGUGACCGUGCACGUGGUGGACGGGCUGCGCCACGGCCGGCUGCUGCUGCUCGGCGCGACCGUCAGCCGCUUCUCGCCGGCCGACCUCGACACCGGCCUGGUGACGUACCAGCACGACGGCAGCGACUCGACCAGCGACAACGUGCUGCUGCGCGCCACCGACGGCAGCAGCGACGUGCUGUUCGUGCUGCCGGUGACCGUGUUCCCCGAGGACGACCAGCCGCCGCUGGUCAGCGUCAACACCGGCCUCACGGUGCACCGCAGCCAGGAGCUGGACGGCCUGUACGAGCGCGUGGUGACCGCCUGGACGCAGGCGGACCUGCUCGACGGCAGGCUCUUCUAUCGGCACACGGGCGCGCCGCGCGCCGGCGUGCACACCGAGCACGUGGCGUUCACCGUCCGCGACGCCGCCGAGCCGCCCAACCGCUCCGGGCCGGAGGCGUUCGUCGUGACCGUGCUGCCGGUCGACGACGAGCCGCCGGCGCUGCGGCCCGGCGCGUCUCUCUCGAUGGUCGUCGACGAGGGUCGCGCCAAGCCGCUUGACCGCGCGGCGCUCAGCUACGAGGACAACGCCUCGCCUCCGGAGCGGGUCGUGUUCGUGGUCACGCGGCCGGCGCGCGAGCGGCUCACAAACUUCACACAGGCGCAGGUGAACCACCACAAGGUGGCGUUCCUUCCGACCAGCGGCGAGCUGGGCCUGCUGCCGCGCGUCCUGCAGCUGGGCUUCAGCGUGGCCGACGCCCCGGGCAACACGCUCCGCGACCAGGUGCUCACCGUGUUCCUGACACCGGUGGACGAUUUGCCGCCGAGCGUCACCAGCCGCGGGCUGCGUGACGUGCCCGAGGGCGGCUCGGCCGUCAUCACCGUUGAUCUGCUGGAUGCUGUCGACCCGGACACGGCUGCCGACGAGCUGCGCUUCCUGGAUCACGGUGCCGUCGCCUACUGCCACCUGGGCGGCGAGGUGGGGCCACGCGCGCGCACCGACGCCUUCCGGCUCGCGCUCUCCGACAUGGCCAGCGACGCCGUCGACCACAUCGAAGUCAACGUCACCAUCCGCCCGCUGCGCGCCGGCGCCGUGCGCUACGUGCAGAGCGUGCACCAGGGCGUGGAGCCGCGCGCCGACAACUUCAGCGUGCGCUGCUCGGACGGGGUCGGCGCCUCGCCGCCCGUCUCCGUGCCCGUGCUCAUCCGGCCCGUCAACGACGAGCGGCCGCGACCGCUGCUGCGCGAGCUGGUCGUGUUGGAGGGUGGCGACCUGGCCAUCGACUCGGAGCUGCUGUCGGCGGAGGACCUGCGCGGUCGGAUGGCGCUCGUCUACUCGCACGACGACUCCGAGACGACGGCCGACGCCUUUGGCUUCCGGCUGGAGGAUGGUCACGCCGGCCACGCCGUCGAGGGCCGCGUGGCCGUACAGGUGGUGCCCGUCGACGACGAGGUGCCGACGCUGGCGGGCGGCACGGCCGUGCUCACCACGGACGUGUUGAGCAGCAGCGACAGCGACAGCGACGACGCGCGCCUGACGUACCGGCUGACGCGGCCGCCGCAGCACGAGGAGCGUGCGGACAGCUUCGAGUUCGCCGUCAGCGACGGGGUGCACGCCGUACGGCGUACGUUCCGCAUCUCGCUGCUGCCGGUGGACAACAAGCGGCCAGUGCUGUUCAAGGAGGAGGUGCGCGUGGAGGAGGGCGCCGAUUCAGCCAGCGCGACCUCGACAGCAAUAUGA